GCGAUCUUGAAGAGAUGUAUCCAGUCUUUGAAAGCUCUCGCAAGUGUUGACUCUGCUCUUUUUUUCUAUAAAUAUAUAUAAUUAUAUACACUUCUCAAGAUGAAAUCCUUCAUUGUUGUUUUUGCUAUCUGUAUCGCCGGCGCUCUCGCUGGAAUUACCGACGAGCAAAAAGCUAAACUCAGAGAGCACAAAGUUGCCUGCGUAGCUGAAACUGGAGUAACCGAAGAGGUGAUUGCUAAGCUCAAGGGAGGAGAGCCUGUGGUAUUUGAUGACAAACUUAACUGCUUCUCCGCUUGCAUGUUGAAGAGAAUUGGAAUCAUGAGACCUGACGGUAGCAUCGACGAACAAGUCGCUCGUGCUAAGAUCCCCAAAGAUUUGCCGCAAGAUAAAGUUGACCAAGUGAUCGACGCUUGUAAAGUUCAAGUUGGAAAGGACACUUGUGAGACCGGCGGAAAAGUUUUAAGCUGCCUUUCAAAGACCAAGGCCGUCGCUCUUGUUCAGUAAAUUCAUUCAUAGUUGACAAUAGUCAAAAGAAAACAAUUAUUGUGAUAUUUGUACUAUUAAUGUUUAUUUGUUAAUAAACCUGUCUUAUAAAAAUUAUACCUAUUUAUACCUAUUAUUUGACUCAUUCUGAAAAAAAUAAAUGUUCAGUCGGGGACAAAGUUUUUGACUCAAGCUAGUCAGUAUAAAAAUUAUUAUUUAACAAUUUUCCAAUUGAUAUUUGAAAAAAUCCGUUGGUCUUUAUAAAUCUUUUAGAAUACCUGAUGUUGCACUUUUUCGUGAAUUCGAAAUAAGUUACACUGUCUUGCAAGACAGUGCAAACUUCAAUGAACACAUUCGUCGCUUAUCAUCUUGUACAUCGGCACGUACGCAUCAAUAAAAUCAGAAUUAUUAUCAGCCAUAAUCAUUGAAUCGAUUAUUUCAAUAUGUUAAUGUUUCAAAAUGAAAACAAAAUGUCAGUAAUUAUGGAGCUGAUAAAAUUAAAUAUGCAAACAUUUGUUCAGGAUAAAUCUUGAUGCAGGAUUAAUGUUAAAUAUGCGUUCAUCGAUGUUCUAUUUGUUAGACUCGCUGUAUAGUAAUAAAUCAAUGAAUUGUAUAAUUUAAUGUAUUAC